GCCUAAGCGAGGGGGGGGCUUGAGCCAGGCGUUGGCCAGACUUCGGGCAGUCUUCCAAAGAGACUGGCAGGCUUUGCUGGGCGGGAGUGGGAGGAGGAAAAGGCACCCAUAAUUACCGCUACCCUUGCCUCGUUUUCCCUUUUGCGCCUCGGAGGGUCUAGUCGCCACCGCUGGAUUCGCCUCGAAAUCUUUUUGUCAGAACGUACACCGGGAGAGGUCCGUGGAGUAGCGGUGUCGCUACUUUUUGGUCUCCCCAGGGAGAGAGUCAGGAUGGAACGGUUGCCCAGGCCAUGAUUGUGAAGGAUUGGCUCGCCAUCUGGAACGAGGUGAAGCACGACGGCCUCUGGAAGAAGGCGGACUGGACGGUGAAGGCCGAGGCCGACACUGCCUUCUCGCCAGCGCGCCUGCGCGCGAGGUUGCUCGAGCUGAGCCCGUGGGAAGGCGUUGCGAUCUACAUCAAGAAUGUCAGGGAUGGCGUCGGACUGCCAACGCCGUUCAUGCUGUUCUCCAGCAAAGCCGUGGAAACACUCUUGAGCGACGACGAGAACUGCGCGAGCAACGUGGAGCGCCGCAAGGGCGAGAGCUUCUACCUCUCCACGUGCCUCGACGCAUCGGGCGCGGGGUACAUGCUGGACGAGGGCCUCAUCGACGACAGGCGCAGUGGCGAAGAGCACACGUGGGACCUGACGGACACCUCCGCAUGCAGCGGGGAGGGCGUGAUCGCUUACCGCCCCUUUCAGCAGGCGGCCCCGUGGCUGGAGUGCUCCCAGAAGGCGGAGGAGGCCGCGGCGAAGCUCGCGGACCAGGCGGAGCCGGCGGUGGACGACCAGGCGGAGCUGCGGGACCGCCUGUAG